AUGUAUCCCAAUUUCGAUAUUGGCGAUCAGCUGACGGUUGACAAAGUCUCGAAGCGAUGGCGUGAAUAUGAGAGGAGAGAUGUGGUGGUGUUCAAUCCACCGCCCAAAUUCAACGAAGUUGUAGGUGGCGACCGAUCUGGUGAUGCUCUCAUCAAGAGAAUAGUAGCAGUUGCGGGGGACACUGUUGAGAUCAAGAAUGGAGGAACCUUGUACCUCAAUGGCGAGGCUCAGGAUGAACCCUUCACCAAUGAGGCCUUUGUUUGUUGCCGUCCUUGCGGCAUCGCGCUAGGAUCUCUUGAAAGCCCUGCGCUAUUGCGCUUCGGGCACUGUUGCUUUGUAAGUCCUGGAAGGCCGCAAGAUAUGAUUUCGGACCUGUCCAAGUUCCUGAAGGAUGUGUUCUUGUGCUGGGUGACAACAGGCAUGUGCAAAAUUUCGUCCGUGCAAGCAGGUCCAACCUCCAGACUUGGAGGUUCUGGCAAACUCAGUGGCCCUGAGCAGCGAAACCAAAAGAAACCAAGGAGCUAUGCUGCUGACAAUGUGGAUACUGCCAGCACAUGUGCCAAACAGAUUCAAAAGUGCCCGGGCCGCAUCGUAAACGUUUACGGCGGCUUCGGCUUUUUUAAAAAACUCGGCGAUGCUGAUGGGCAAGACAUUUUCUUUCGAGCUGCGGAUGUCAUAGGCAUGAACUCUCUGGAUCCCGGCAGCCCGUCCACAGAGUGUCUGGAAAUUGUGCAGGCAAAUACAAGGAAUUCCAACGGAUUCAAAAAGUUCUACAUCACCUUGGAAGAUGAAGUCUCCUUUGUCAUGUCGAAGGACCAUACUGGAAAGCCUUGUGCAGCUGCUGUGAUGAAGGAACGAAAGGGCGCGUGGCGAACCAGCACCGGACGCCGGCGUAUUGGGGUCAAAGAAGUCAAGAAAGAAACCUUUAAGGACCAGGUCAAUCGCCUCACCUCCAUGGACACUGACCAGAUUCUUCAAAGUGCCAUGUUCUUCAAAGAGAUCCUCGAUAGCCCUGAAUUCGAUGGAAUUCACCUAUACAAAGUCGUAUCGAUGCUGGCAUCGAAGGACCUUCUGGAAGACACUCGAGCAGAUCGGAUCUACCGUUUGUUCUUGGAAUCAAGUGCUAUGCAGGCAUGUCUUCGCACAACCAUCAUUAAGCAAGGAGCAGGCAGACACAAUGGAAACUUCCUGGAGGAGUGCCUCAAAGUGAUAGUUGAGAUUGUGAUGCGCAGCCCAGCCUCCCAGGAGUUGCGUGGACAGCUGCCACUUGUAGAGCUCGUAGAAGUGCCACCACCUGCUGGCUGUGUCAACACUAGAACCAAUUGGAAACAUGGAAACACACAAAUCACAAAAGACAAAUCAGAGUGGCACGACCUGCGCCCGAUUGCAGCGCAAUCCUGGCUCAAGUCCCGAAAGGCCCUGAAGGAUCCUGAAGGAUCCUGA